AGAGAGCAGCUUCCCGCUGCAGAUGAUGACAGUGACAAUGGCAGUGACAAGGAAGAUGAGCAGCCUCAAGUGGUAACACUGAAAAAAGGGGACCUGACUGCCGAAGAAGCAAUGAAAAUUAAACAGCAGAUCAAAGAGGCCUUAAAGUCAAAUGAAUCAGGUGAUGAACCAGAACCUGCUGAUGGAAAAAUUAUGUUCAGGAAACCAGCCAAGCGUUCAUCAGAGAAGUGUUUGGACUUCAAUGUAAGUUCAAGUAAGAAGAUGAAAGAAGCAAAGAAAACUAGGAGAGAAGCAACUACUUCUCAGAGUACAGCUAAGCAAGUGAAAAACAGCAGUCUUCUCUCAUUUGAUGAUGAGGAAAAUGAUGAUUAG